AUGACCUACGACCGGCCACUUGUGGCCAGCUGGGACAAGGAAGCGGAGGUCGUGCGCCACGCAGCUGGUCUCAGCAGCAUGGAGGCCCGCAGCCGGGGCCAGCGGCGGCGUUGCGGAGAGGAGCUUGCCUUCAAUGAUUCUUUGGUGAUCGCCGAGCAUCGCUUCGAGUAUCGGCGGCCAGGGGGCGACUUCCCUGCUCCAGCAAAUGCAGAGUCUGCUGCUGGUGCUGUGGAGUUCCUCCUGCAUCAUGCACACGGAAUGAAGGAAAGAUUGGAGACGCCGCGCAUCUUAUUGGUGGAGCUGCAGUGUGGCUGGGGGUACCGUGCAGUUGCCCUUGGCCACCUCCUGCAAUCCCAUCUCACAUUGGUCGCAAUGGAGGAGAAUGACAAGCUGGUAGAAGCCGCCCGAGAGAAUUGUUCUCGCAAUUCGGCACCUGUGCCUGUGCACAAGGGUGGGGUCCAUGACCUUCAGUAUCUUCUCGAGGACGGCAGUGUGCCCCAUGCUCUCAUAACCUCGUCUUCAAGGUCUGCCGGUUUGGGGGAGGAUCUCUACAGUUACAUCUCACAAAUUCAGGUCAGGGAGCUCCUCUACAUCUCUGCUGGACGCGUGUCAUCUCAACAAGACUUGCCCAAGCUGCAGAAGUUGGGUUUUGAGGUCCGAUCUUUACAAGUUGUGGACCCCAUGCCGGGUACAGAUCACGUAGAAAUUCGCGCGCAUUUGAGACGUGACGACGCCACAGACUUCGUGGGCCCAGCAGUCGUGACCCAGGGUCUUGCGAGCGCGUGCUGGUCGAAGUGCGAGUGGCUUUGUGGCAGUUGUGAAAAUCUGGUAUUCCGAAGGCACAUUCGGCAGUGUCCUCGAUGUGGUGGCCUCCGUGACCUUGAAGCUGCCGCACGCCUGCAGCAGAAGGCAGAGUUAUCUACCGUCAUCAAGGCCGUGCAAAAGGAUCCUGAUCUGAGAGAGAAGUGGCUGGAGCACUGCAAGGCAGCCGAACUUUCCAAAAACCCAAUGCUAAACAAACACAGCUCCAACCACGCCUUUUUGAUGAAAAAUGUCGAUUCUUCGAGCUUGGCACCAUACCACGGUGUGUUGCGUAAGCAUGGGAUUUUCCUGAGUUCCGAAGUGGUGGUUGAAAGUGAAGAGCUGCCCUCCGCUAGCACAAGCAGAUCUUCCCCUCGCAAGCUCCUCAUCGUGUCUGCAAAGACAGGAGAUUGGGCCCUGCAAGUCGUGGCAGAGGUGUCGCAGAGUCUGCGAACAAAGAGCAGCAAGAGCAUUUUCCCGCAAACUGCAUAUCCUUCGCAGUGGAUUUGGGCAAGCUUUGAUAAGAAAUCUCAAGGGCCACCAAAGAUGAACCAAGAUGCGCCGCAGUGGCACUGGGUAGACAUCAAAAAUGCCGACAAUACCUUGGGCACCCAGUGCGAGGUGUGUGUGCUGGUGUGCAUUCCCCACCUUCAAGCCGAUGCCCUUGGGGCUUUAUCAGGUUUGGUUGUUGGAGGUGGUUUACUUGUUUUGGUUAUGACGGAGCAUGCUGAAGUUAAUCAUGGGCCACGCAGAUCCGUACCAAAGGCAGUCGGUGAGUAUUGCCCCAGCAGGAAGCUUUUCUGCAGAACGCCGUUCGACAUCCGGUUUGGCAAGAUACUUCAGGAUUGUCCACACACUCACUUGGACCACGUGAGCGGCAUACACAAACACGUGCCGAAGGCUCCGCGGUCUGUGGACGACUGCAGCAGUCGCAAGUGUCACCCCGACCAAGGCCCCGAUACACGUGAUGUUGCCUCAUCGCCUGCCGAAGCGGCCAGUCCCCUCUCCAGCAUUCUGUGUCUCUGCAAGACUGCGGAGCAAGCUGCCGCUGUCGAAGCCAUCGCCGCAGCUGCGACACAAGGCUCGCUGCUGGCCCUGCUAGCACCGCGCGGCAGAGGGAAGAGCAGCGCACUGGGCAUUGCGGCCGCCGCUCUUCUGACACAGAUGCGCUCCAUUGUCGAGGCUCAGCUUCUACAGGCAAACUUUCAGGCUUUUGUUUGGCAAGACUGCCUGGGAGGGAUUGACCUGGUGAUGGUCGAUGAGGCUGCUGCGCAGCCAACUUCAGCGAUGGAACGCUUCUUCGAAGCUGCGCAUGCUAUGCAAAACUUGGGCGUCGUCGUAGCUGGGACGGUACAUGGAUACGAAGGCACGGGCCACGGACUCCUGCGUGCUCUGGAGCGGGCAGAACUCAAGGGAAUGCCUGUGGCGCGCUUGAAGAUGGAGACUCCAAUCCGAUGGCCUUUGGGCGACCCCGUUGAAAAGCUGGUGGCGGAUGCUCUUCUGCUUGAUCCCGAGCCGUUGCCUUUGCCCACUGCUACUGUCGAUGCGGAAACAGAUGUUGAAAUCGAACGAAUCCGUCGUCAAAGCCUGAUAAGCAGCGAAGAGAUUAUCCGAGAAGUGUAUGGGUUGCUUGCAGUUGCCCAUUACCGGACUCGUCCGGCAGAUUUGAGACUGCUUCUUGACGAAACUCGGAUGGAGCUUUUUGCGAUUUGGACACCGUGCGGCGGUCACCGCAGACUGCUGGCAUGCGCGCUUCUACUGCACGAACAGCGAGGCGGGCUUCGAAGGCACGAUUUGCUGGCAGAAGCUCUCCUUCCAGCCGGGCAGACGCAUGAACGUGCUUUGUGCAUCAGCCCAGCAUUCUUGCGUGUGGCGCGCUUAGCGGUGCAUCCUGAGGUGCAAGGCAAGGGUCUUGGUCACAAGCUGUUGGGUGGAAUCAUCAGAGAUCUGUCGGCGCGUGGCGAUGGCCGGGCUGACGUGCUGGGUGCCAUCUUCAGCAGCAACCCACGACUGUUGAACUUCUGGACUUCGGCCGGCUUUGCGCGAGUUCCACUAUCCAAGAAGACGGGUUUUGAAGCCUCCAGCUGCCUGGUUAUCCAGCCUCUCUCAGACACUGCAACUCGCUUCUGCGCCUUCUUGGCAUCAACCGCACCGGAAAAUGCUCCCGUUGUCUCCGCACGUGUUGUUUCUACAGUUCCACGGUUUGUACUUCAGAUUGCUUCGGUGCAGAGUCCUUGUAUGGAGGAUGCAGAACAGGAGAACACAGAGCAGCUGAAGGAAUACGAGGCUCAGAAAUUCAUUUUUACCCGGGCCUCUUCCUUGACGAUGUUCCCAACCAAGAAGGGUGUGAACAUAUCGUCGGAGAACUCACCCUUCGCAAAGGUCAGAACAAAGAUGGUCCCGGUGCAGCCUCAUAACACCUUUGCAACCGCGGUUGAUGUUGAGAUCGCCACACCAGAAAUCAUCGUCUCAGUUUAUCUUUUGUUGUACGUUCCACUGGCAAUGGCUUGGGCAUACUUUGCGCACUAUGGAUACCAAGAGAAACACUACUUGAUCCUUGUGCCCUUCACGCUCUGUGCCUUUACAGUCGGCUUAGACCUGGUGAACCAGUCUCUGUCGACUCUGACAGCCGCUCCCAUGGCUUUGACGACGAUACAAGCAGGAUUCUGUUUUGUCAUUACUGCUCUCUGGACGCUAGGAUGUCAGGUUUAUGCCAGCUUUGCUGGCCGAGUCAGCCAGGCCCAGGAUCAAAGCUCGAAAGUACCCUCUGAGCUUUCAUUGUACCCACUGUCUUGGGGCGCAUUGUCUUACCCGCUCCUUAGAUGGACGCCAGCAGCCUUGUGGUUCGUGGCAUACCAGCUCAUCAACCAUGAGGUGUCGUUGUACUGCUCACUGUCCGAGCGGACGGUUUUUCUGAACCUCUGCCCGCUCUUCGCUUUGUUCAUCGAGCCUUUGGUGCUCCCGUCGAACAUCUCCAGAGGCUUCAACGUGACAUUUUCGUCGAAGAUGGCACUGAUCACCAUGGCCUUUGGUGCCCUCCUGUUUAGUCUGCAAUACGCGGAAUUCUCUGCAAAUGGGGCACGAGCAGCUGGACUUCUCGUGGCCGUUGUUCUGCCAUAUAGGCUCCUCCAGCGGAUGCUCUUGACCGAAUGCAAGGAGGCGCCCGCGACCCUGCUGUGCGCAUUCGAUGGUUUGCUCCUAACUCUGCCGGCCGGAGUCCUCACCACCGUCAAUGAGCGAUUUUUUCUGGAAGCCUGGAACGUCUGGCUUCACAAUCCGUCAAUCAUGCUGAUGCUGGCGUUGUCCGUGUUCGCCUUCGUGGGCAAUCACUUGGCAGUGCUCUAUCUGCUGAAGGCUACGUCGGCCACGUCCACCCUCGUUUUUAGCAAUCUUUCGAACUUCAUCGUGGUGUUCGAGGGCAUCGUAUUCUUUUCAGAUCCAGUCCUGCAGGCUCCGCUCGUCAUGGCCGGUAUCAUCUUCAGCCUCUUCGGAGGUGUUUGGUACGUCCUCUGCUUACAGGUUGUCGAUUCUUCGGCCUGGGUAGGCACGUUUGUUUGGAGCUACUUGCUGCAUCGGCCCGUCUCGACCUGUUUGCUGUCCGAGGCGGUCGAGCAGCAAGAGUCCCGGAAGAGCUCUCAGGAUUCCACCCCCGGAUCGGAUACUGGAGUGACUGUAGUGUCUGGAUCGCUAGUGUCCGGUUUCAGCGCCGUGGCAAGCGCUGCUCAUGGCGCCCCGCAAUUCAGCGGUGCUCAGUUUUGCAUGGCUUUUCUGGGUGAGAGCACGCCCGGUGGAGCCUCGGGGAUGCCGGACACGGAUGUGCUGUCUCUGCUUGUGGCUGGUGCUGGUUGCGAGGAUGUGAACGGAGUUUAUGAGCCUGAGGGCGCUCUCUGUGAGGGUUGCCCAGUCUACGGCAACCUAAGCGAUUUCAGCUUGAGCGUCUGUCAGGGCCCAGCUGCUGACACGGGCGAGCUGCAGUGGGGAUGGAUUCUUGGAAGGUCAGGCGUGCCAGCUUAUGGCUGCCCUACGGAUGCCAAGGAAGAGCUACCUUUGCAGGGAUGGCAGCCCUUCGAGGGCGAUGAACCUGCACCGACCUUGCGAUGGCUAAGAAGUGCCGAUGCCAUGGCGGAAGGCUAUGCGCAGGAAGCUCGUCGACGAGCGGCUUCCGGGACCAUUGAGAAUCAGAGACUAGCAGUCAAGGCAUUUCGCCAGUCUUUGCAGAUUGUGACGAAGCAAGCAGACAGGACGCAGCGAGCCUUGCUUCACACUGAGCUGGCUGCAUUACUUCGUGCCUUGAGCCGCGAAGACCAAGCUUUGAAAGAGGUAGGGGCAGCGCUACAACUGCGGCACGGCCUGCCAGAAGCCUUGCUCCUCAAGGCCCACUUGCUCAACGCUGCGAGCAAUGAAGGUGCAGCAGCCUUGGCUGCGAAGCAGUGCUGGAUACAGAUCGAAACCGUGGACCAGAAGGCUGAUAGCAACACACGAAGGCUACUGCGAGAGUGCAAGGAACUGCUGAAAGAGCUCGGCGAGCCAUGUGAUGGAUUGCUACCGAAAGCCUGGCCGGUCAGUGUCUGCGCAGCUGAAGCCCCCAAGAUGCUGCAUGGCGGCGUGAUGGAUUUUUGCAUUGAGGCUGUAGAGCUGAAAGGCUCCAGCGUGGCAGAAAGCGAGGGUGUCUACGAGCCUUCGAGGAAAGUGUCCAACGGAUUUCCCGUCUUCGAGAACCGAUUCGGCUUUCAGCUAUCCAUGGAAGUGCAAGCAAACAAGGCGGGUGAUGUGAGUGCGGGCUGGAUCGUCGGCAGGAAGAACGUGGGCUUUUUUGGGACCAGGCAACUGCUGGCAAAUCAGCUUCCAUCGAAUGACUGGAGCUGCUUCCCAGCAGCCAGCAAGGAAUCGGCUCCAACUCAGUGCAGCAUCAAGACAACUCAACUGGAAGAGGACCUUGGGUGGGGUCAUUGGGCGCGUCUUGGAAACUAUGGUGGUCCUGCCGAAGCUGCAAGAAUCCUGCCCGCAUGUGUCAAUCGACUGGGAAGAGGUGGAGACUUGCGGAAAGCAGCCUGGGCAUUGACUGAACUGGCUGGAGCUCUUCGGCAGCUUGGGCAGCCUGCUGAUGCCUCUAUUACAGCUAGGAAGGCCCUGGCCACUUGCCCAAGCUUGUCACAGGCCUAUUUGGAGUUGGCGUGCUGCCUCCAGCACCAAGGCCAGAAAGACGAGGCCGCGGACAUUCUGCAGGCGCUGCUGGCGCAGCAGCCCAACGACGGACGAGCUAAGGAAGCAUUGCGAUCGCUGGGGUUUGAUACUUCCUGUCCAAGAGACAUUCCUGGCGAAGCGCCGACAGACGAGAGCAAGCAACGGGCGAAAGCUUCCAAAAGUCCGGAAAUCUCGGACUUCACUCUCGAAGAUCAGAAAACUGAAGUCCAUGCACAUUGGGUUCUGGGACCUCUCCGGAAGGCAAAGGACAUCCUGGUGCGCUUCCAGGAGCAGAGGCUUCUUGUGGCAGUCGGGGAAGACACGCUUUUCGAGGGUGAGCUGGCACACCGGAUAAGACCGUCUGACUCAAGCUGGACUUUCGCAACUCCUGACCUUACUGUGACGCUUUGCAAAUGGUCUGAAGAAGGGAGGUGGCCAAGAUGGGAAAUGCUGCACAAGGAGGAUCCCACGGAGCGAUUGCAGCGGCUUGGUGGGUUGCCCUUCGAUGCCAAAGCCAUCCAUUGGAUAUAG